GGGUAAUUUAUUGCAAAACAGCAGAGGUUGCUGCAGCUGGAAAACAAGGCCUCAACAGGUGCUCGGUUUCACUUUACGACUGAUAGAUGUCUCCGGGAUAUAGGAGAUAUCUGCCAUGUUCGUGACUUGGAUCUAACUGAUCCCUUUGUGCGUUGACCGUUGAUGCUAAGACUGGGUUCUCUGUGUUCAAGAGUUGACCAUGUCUGUCUCAUUUUGUGUUUUGUCUUCCCUUGUUUUGUAGUUUCUAUUAUGAUGGAACCUUAUGACAUUUAAACGUGCAAUGCGUGUCAUUAGUUUUGUGAUAUACUAAUGUGUGGCAACAGUUGAAUUCCUGAAUAAUCUCGCUGAAAUUUUAAAGCGAUUGAUUUGUGUAGUUUGUAUUCCUUUUACUGAUUAUUAUUGUGGUUCGUAGCUUCUGGUCAUCAUUUAUUUUCUUGAAACGUAAAAGGCAAGAUAAUGCUGCAUUGCAGUGCAGCUGGUCAUCAUUUUGGUUAUUUGUGAUCUCAGUUUGUGGAUCUUUGAUCUCAUUUACUCGUUCUCUGUGGAGAAAUGUACACUGCAGUGCAUCCCUAUUAGCAAUGGUAUACUACUAUACUCUGACAGAAGAGGCAUUGCAGGUUUCUACUAACCUUCGCACCUUCGCAUCCGCUGCCUUUUUUUUUUGGAGGGAAACAUCAGGACUCUGCUGCCUAUUUUAUUGAUUUUUAAAUAAAUGGUACAGAGUAUCAAAUACAAAGAAGAAAAAAAGAAAACAAGAAAGGGAAGAAAUAACAACAACAAAUACAACAUGUACAGGAGGUUGUCGGAGCACACUAUCUGAAGUUGUUAGCCCAAUCUUCAAAGCUGGCAUAAUCUUUCCGUGUGGCCCUGUGCUUGAGCGAAAGAAUCUCUUCCUUAAAUCUUCGCCUGCAUUUGUAGAGUCUGCAUGCCACACAUAACACAGCAAUAAUUCUCAAUGAAAAAUUCUUCCUCCGAAGCAUGGCUCUAGUGUUUAACUUUAAUCCUGUUAUGAACCAAGAGCGAGAAAAAGAUUUUAUGCUUCAAUUGGCAGCAUGUGUUCCAUAUCCAUUUGAGCACUGGCAAGACAUAAGUUUACACUGAUAGAUGUCUGUAGAUGCUGGAAACUUUAAAGCUCAAUGCCCCUGAGGCGCAUUGCCAAUGAUCCGCUGCCUUGUCAUUCUGCAUCCAAACAUGUAUUCAUGGAUAGUAAUUACUGUCAGAGCUUCAAUAUGCAUGUUGGUUAGUUCAAGAAAACAUGCAAUGAUCUGGGUCAGAGCAUGUAGAAAUCAACGAUUUCUGCUUUUUCCAACAUAUUUGCUUUAGCAAAGACAAAAAUGGGCCUGUUAUAUAUCAACGGGACCUGCUGCUGAAUCUGCUUUGAGCAAAGCCGUGUGGUUGUGCGUGUGUUUUUACUUUGCUGCUGCUACUUCUUUACUGCUUAGUACAUCUGUAGAGAAUUCUAGCAUACACUGCCAGACAUCAUCAUCACUACAUGCUUUGGUGAAAAGAAAGAGAGCCAUCGAGUACGGGGAUUACACGCAAGGAAUUGUGCCUUCUUUAAUGCAGAGAAGGAAGGACUGAUUCUCAUUGCCAAACAAACAAGGCUACCUUCAGCUUCACUAAGAGGGCAAACCACAUCAACCCCUCAUUAAUUCACACAACAAGGCUACCUUUAGUGCAUAUCUCGCUAACCUCUGCUCUGAUCUGAAUUCACACAAAUAUACUAGCAGUAGCAGAAGCUGAUUGAGUACGUCUCAGACAGUUGGAAUCAAGUUUCUGUUUCUGAAGCUUCUCUUAAUCUACCGCCAAGGCAUAUGGUGGUGACAAAACUUCAUCAGAUGGGUUAGAUUGAGAACACGCAAGUAAUUAUGCAUUCUUUGGUUAAAGAAAGAAUGCUGACAGAGCAAAACAUAUCUAUCCUCCUGCAUAUCUCUCUCAUCUGAAGUCACGGCACGUCAAAUUGUUCAAAUCGAGUCUCUGUUUCUCAAGCUGCUCCUCCUGUCUGCUGUCAAGGCAGUGGUUACAGAACUUCAUCCGAUGGGUUAGAUUGGUUCAUCUGCUGCUGCUUUUCUUCUUGGUCUUGGUAAAGAACAUCAUGACUCCUCCCACAUGGUAUACUGGCGCCAAAGAUGUCGAUGAAGCCAAAGAGGCGAUAUUCAGAAUUCUUCAAAACAAGGGAGAAGCAAGGGUCAUCUAUUUUCAUGGCUGGAGUGGGCUUGGGGCAUCUACCGUUCUUAGAUCCAUAGCAGAAGUUAUCCCUUCUAAGAGAACCACUCCGGAACUAUGCUUUGAUAAAAUAAUUCAUAUAGAUUGCUCGGAGUGGAAAGGUAGGAGGACGUUGCAGAGGGCAAUUGCAGAGGAGCUACAGCUUGACAGCUCGAUAAUGGCUAUACUGGAUAAACAGGACAUAGAUGAUGAUUUUAAUGGAGUUAAUGAAAUUUCAAGGGAUGAGAUAACAACAGUGUCAAGAGAGAUCUAUCACAAUCUGAAGGACAAUAGGUUUAUGCUGAUUUUCCAUUCCCGGAGUGAUGAUGAGAUUGAUUUUUUCCCUCUUGGCGUUCCUUCAUUUGGUAAGUUCACAGAGAACAUAAUGAUAUGGACCUACAGAAGGAGGAUAUUGACCAUAACAGAACAUGAAGAACAUAAAGUAAUACAAAAACUGAGGUACACCCAUCUUUUGGCUUAUGAUAGAGAAAACUAUUUAACAAGUGGAGAGUUGUAUGCACUACUCUGUAAAGAGACUGCCCUCAUAGUUGAUGACUAUCCAUGCAUGCGGGGACUCAAUCCAAUGAUGGUUGCUGACUGUUAUGUUUACACACUAUUCCUGCAACGUAGUUUUCACAACAAGACCAGUUCCGAUUGGGUUGGUGUUGCUUCCAAUUGUUGGAUAUGUGAUGGGAUACUGCAGAAAGACAUAACAUUAGAGAUAUGUGACACGUUGCACCGAGAUAUAAGCUGGGAGUGUGAUGAUAAUGUGCUCACAAAGUUCAAAAAAGAUUCCAAGCUUCCUUUCCUGGUUGUUAAAGAAGAUGGUGUAUAUGAAGAAGGACAAUACCGUUGGAUUUCAACCAGGUCAAGGGAUAGGGAAAUACAUGGUAUGAAAUGUUUACCUGAAGAGACAUCUUCAUUCUUCUUGGAAUUUGUAAUGUCCGAUCGGCCAGUAGCAUUACCAGAUGGUUUGUUUGAACAUUCCAACAACCUUGGUGUGCUAUUCCUCUGCUGUUGUGCCUUCAAUUUUGCAUCACCUCCUUUCUUGAAAUGCCAUAGCCUAAGAUUCCUUGGGCUGGACAACUGCACAGAUGAAAAAACAGGUGAAGGAAAGGAACAUACUGGGUGGGUUUGUCUGCAUAGCUUGUGGGUGUUGGAUCUACGUUACACUGACUGGAAUGAAAUCUUAUCACCGGCAAAGAUGCAUCUCAUGGAUAACCUCAUGGAGUUAAGCAUAGAGGGAGUCUGGUCUUGGAAAUACACAGCUUGCUUACAAGGCCAGCUACCAAAUCUUCAAAGGCUCAGGGUAAUCAAGCCAAAACGUGGACCAGAUAUUUCAAUAGGUCCAAGAAACUCCUUCAUGGACAAGACAAAGUUGGAAAUACUUGACUUAUCUGGCAACACUGAGAUGAAAAUUCUGCCAAACAGCCUAUCAACGGCAAGUAGUCUUCAAGUGCUUAUUCUGGAUGGUUGCAAUGCGCUUCAGAAUAUUGUUGUGCCUGAUGAGCUACCUGAACUGCUGAAGUCCUUCAGCUUUGAUGGAUACGGGCCAGGUUCUCAUCGGACAUCAACUUUCAAGCUACCUCUGAAACAAGAGCGCCCGUUAACCCCAGCAACCGAGGAGGGUGCAAGUAUCUCUAAUAUUUCCCUCAAAGGUUGCUCACAGUUGGGAAAUCUGUUUCUGCGUGGGUUGCCCAACCUCGUCGAGCUUGACCUAUCUGGAACUGCAAUCAAGACUCUUGAUUUUAGAACUAUGGUGUUAGAAGUCCCAAUGCUGAAGCGGCUAUUUCUGCUUGGAUGUGAGCACCUUUGUGCAAUAAUUUGGGGCAACAAUACUAAUAACUUCCGUUUGAAUUUAUUAUGCAUAGACACACGAGCUGGAACUAGCCAUCCUCAGCCAUGCAUUGACCAAAACAAAUCCUAUCAGUUGGAGGCGCAUGUCAUUCUGGUGAAUGCGAGGCUUGCUCGGUCGUUGGGGCGACUAUUACAUAAUCAUUAUGCAGCUGAGAAUGUUUAUCUUAAUAUCCAUGUCACCUCCGCUGUGUAUAGUGAGCUGAAUCAAUCCAAAGUGACUGAAAAGGAGAAGAAUAUUGACAUGUAUGGAGAUCAAGUCAGCCUGCUGGAGCUUGUUCAAGCAGACCGGUACAGUGAUGUCCAAAGCAUGGUUGGUGAUGCCCCUGCUGCAGCCUUUCCUAAGCCUCCAGCUAACAACCUGGAUAGGCAUAUCGAGAUUACAGAAGGGAGGCACGUCUUGGACAGUGGACUGGGAGUUGUAAUGACAGAGUUUGCCGAAUCCCUGCAUGUCCA